GGGAUCGGAAUCGGGAAUUGGGAUCGAGAACCGGGACCGGCAGCGGGAAGCGGCGGCGGCAGCCGGGGAGCGCUCCCCGCGCGCGGCUCCAGCCAUGGGGGACAUGAAAACCCCGGACUUCGACGACCUGCUGGCCGCCUUCGACAUCCCCGACAUCGACGCCAACGAGGCGAUCCACUCGCACCACGAGGAGCCCGAGUCCCACGGGAAGCAGGUCCCGGGGGAGCCGGGGGGCGACGAGCCCCCCGCCCUGCCCCACGCCGACAUCUCGGCCGUCAGCGUCAUCGUCAAGAACACGGUGUGCCCGGAGCAGCCGGAGCCGCCGGAUCCCCGCGGCAAGGACGCGCCCCGGCUGCUCCAGAACGGCUUCGGCGCCCCCGACGCCGCCAGGUCGCCCGGCCCCCGCGGGGCAGAGCCGCCGUCCAACGGGGAGUGCUGGGCCAAGGAGAAGAGCAGCAAGGCCUUGGAUCUGUUCUCCCAUUUCAGCCCCGAGCCCAGCGAGGAUGGAGCCAACCUGAUCGACAGGUCGAGGGAGAAAGCCAAGGAGAAGUCGCUGGCUGGGCCGUCGCUGGCCGCGUCCCCCACGCCGUCCUCCAUGGAUGGCAAAGAGCCCUUGGGAGAGACCACAGAGAGCUUGGAUCCUGCUUUUCCCACCCAGUUCCGGGCUGCUGACGGAUCCCACCCCGUCCCCUGCAUCAAGAAGGAGGAGUCGGACUCGGAGGAGGCUGCAGGCAGGAGCUCCAGCCCCAAGGGGUUGGUUUUGGAUCACCUCAAAUCCGUCACCGUGCGUUAUUCCGCCGGGGAUUCUCCGGUGGCGCCGUGGCCGGGCUCGGAUUCCGGCAUCGACGCCGCGGCCGAGCUCAAGCGUUCCCCGCGGAGCCCUCGGGAAUCUUUCUCCUCUCCUGGGAUUCCCAUCCCUCCUUCUUCUCCCAAACUCCUGAAGGAAGAGCAGGAAAUGCUGGAGAAAUCCAUGAGGAGCCCCCCGAGCGUUUCCAGCGGCGAGGAAGAGGAGGAGGAGGAAGAAGAGGAGGAGGAGGAAAACACCAACUCGCCGUCCUCCAGCUCCUCGCGGCCGCUCAAGGUGCGCAUCAAAACCAUCAAAACCUCCUGCGGCAGCAUCACCAGGACGGUCACCAGGGUGAGCUCCGACUCGGAGCCGCCCUCCAGCAAAACCCCCGGCGAGCAGAACGCCCAGGAAACCCCAGAAAACGCCGGGGCGGGCACGGAGACAGCGCCCAAGGAAAAAUCGGAGCUUUCCAGCCCUCUGAAAAACACAGAAGGGCCCAAAAUCGUCAGCGUGCAGCUGGGCAACGGCACCAAGCUGAAGGGCACGGUGCUGCCCGUGGCCACCAUCCAGAGCGCCAGCAGCGCCAUGCUGAUCGCCGCCAGCGUGGCCCAGCAGAAAUCCGUGGUGCUCCCGGCCAAAUCCGGCAAAUCCGUGGCUAAAAACAUCCUCAACUUGGUGCCGCAGCCGCUCCCUAAAAGCGACAGCAGAGCCAACGGCGCCGCCAAAACCAACGGCGCGGCGCUGCCGAAAUCCUCGCCGAGCGUGGCCGGCACCGUCAUCUCCCGCAGCCAGUCCAGCCUGGUGGAGGCUUUCAACAAAAUCCUCAACAGCAAGAACCUGCUGCCCACCUACAAGCCCAACCUGAGCCCCCCGGCCGAGUCCAGCCUGGCGCUGCCGCCGCUGGGCUACCGGUGCCUGGAGUGCGGCGACGCCUUCGCGCUGGAGAAGAGCCUGGCGCGGCACUACGACCGGCGCAGCAUGCGCAUCGAGGUCACCUGCAACCACUGCACCAAGCGCCUGGUGUUCUUCAACAAGUGCAGCCUGCUGCUGCACGCCCGCGAGCACAAGGACAAGGGGCUGGUGAUGCAGUGCUCGCACCUGGUGAUGCGGCCCAUCGCCCUGGAGCAGAUGAUCGGCCAGCCCGACAUCACCCCGCUGGUGUCCGUGGCGCUGCCGGCCGGCAAGGUGGCGCAGGACGGGGGGGGUUUGGUGCAGGAGGUGCCCGUGCUGCCCCUGGGGUCAGAGCAGAGCAGCUACAGCUGCUUCAGGUGCCUGGAGUGCAAGGAGCAGUGCAAGGACAAAGCGGGGCUGGCGGCGCAUUUCCAGCAGGUCGGGGUGGCCACCAGCAGCAGCAGCACGGUGUGCUCGGCGUGCCCCAUGAUCCUGUCGAACCGCUGCAGCUUCAGCGCGCACCAGCGCAUGCACCGCAGCCGCCCGCCCCACGUCUGCCCCGAGUGCGGGGGCAACUUCCUGCUGGCCAACUUCGAGGGGCACCUCAAGGACUCCUGCCUGCACUUCUCCCGCAGGGUGGGGUACAGGUGUCCCAGCUGCUCCGUGGUGUUUGGCGGCGUCAAUUCCAUCAAGUCCCACAUCCAGAGCUCUCACUGCGAGGUUUUCCACAAAUGCCCCAUCUGCCCCAUGGCCUUCAAAUCAGCGCCCAGCGCCCACGCCCACGUGUACACCCAGCACCCUGGCUUCAGCAACCAGCAGUCCAAGAUGAUUUACAAGUGUGCCAUGUGUGACACGGUGUUCACCCACAAGCCGCUGCUCUCGUCCCACUUUGACCAGCACCUGCUGCCGCAGCGCGUCAGCGUCUUCCGCUGCCCGCAGUGCCCGCUGCUCUUCGCCCAGAAACGCACCAUGCUCGAGCACCUCAAGAACUCCCACCAGCCGCAGAAAUCCAAGGACGACUCCUCCAAGAAAUCCCUGUCGCUGCUGACGCCCAAGGCCGAGCCCCUGGAGACCCCAGUGUCCAAGAACUCGGAGGAAUCCUCCAGCUCCGAGGAGGAGGAGGAGGAGGAGGAGGAGGAAGCGCCGAGCUCCCCCGAGCUGAGGAAAUCCAAGCGGAAAUUCCAGCGGAAAUCCGGGAGCAAAGCCAAGGGCAGCGGCUGGAGCUGCGGCGUCUGCCACUCCUGGUUCCCCGAGAGGGACGAGUACGUGGCACACAUGAAGAAGGAGCACGGAAAGUCGGUGAAGAAGUUCCCGUGCCACCUGUGCGAGCGCUCCUUCUGCUCGGCGCCGAGCCUGCGGCGCCACGUGCGCGUCAACCACGAGGGGAUCAAACGCGUCUAUCCCUGCAGGUACUGCACGGAGGGCAAGCGCACGUUCAGCAGCCGCCUGAUCCUGGAGAAGCACAUCCAGGUGCGCCACGGCCUGGAGAGCCCCGACCCCGCCCGCAGCCAGGAGGUCGUCAUAGCCAGGGGCCCUGCCCAGGCCGGCCGCAAGCGCAGGCUCUCGUCGGACGAUUCGUGCAGCGAGGAGCCGGACAGCACCACGCCCCCGGCGCCGGGCGCGGCCCCGUUGCCGCUGCGGUGCCGGCGCUGCGGGCAGGCGGCCGCGACCCGCGCGGAGCUGCAGGCGCACGUGGCGCAGCACCGCGCCGGGCCCGGCUCCAUCAACCUGCGCUGCCGCGAGUGCGGGCUCGGCUUCGCCUCGCUCGGCUCCCUCGGCCGCCACCGCUUCAUCUCGCACAAGAAGCGCCGCCCCGAGCCCGAGCAGCCCCAGGGCGCGGCCGGGAGUUCCCAGGGGAGCGCCCAGGGGAGUUCCCAGGGGAGCUCCGGAGCUGCAGCUGGAGGAGCCCAGGGGGAUCUGCUGGAGUGCAAAGUGUGCGGGAGGGGAUUCGAGACCCAGCUCAACCUCAAGACGCAUUUCCGGACCCAUGGAAUGGCGUUUAUCCGCGCCCGGCAGGGCAACGAGGAGAACUGAGGUCCGGGAAUUCCGGGAAUUCCCAGAAAUCUGGGAUUGGUGUUUAUCCGCGCCCGGCAGGGCAACGAGGAGAACUGAGGUCCGGGAAUUCCGGGAAUUCCCAGAAAUCUGGGAUUGGUGUUUAUCCGCGCCCGGCAGGGCAACGAGGAGAACUGAGAGAUCCUGGGAUCGGGAAUUCCGGGAAUUCCCAGAAAUCUGGGAUCGGUGUUAUCCGUGCCCAGCAGGGCAAUGAGGAGAACUGAGAUCCUGGGAUCGGGAAUUCCGAGAAUUCCCAGAAAUCUGGGAUUGGUGUUUAUCCAUGCCGAGCAGGGGAAUGAGGAGAACUGAGGUCCGGGAAUUCCGGGAAUUCCCAGAAAUCUGGGAUUGGCUUCAUGAAGGAGAACUGAGAGAUCCUGGGAUUCUGGAAUUCCGGGAAUUCCCAGAAAUCUGGGAUUGGCUUCAUGGAGGAGAACUGAGAGAUCCUGGGAUUCUGGAAUUCCGGGAAUUCCCAGAAAUCUGGGAUUGGCUUCAUGGAGGAGAACUGAGAGAUCCUGGGAUUCUGGAAUUCUGGGAUUGGCGUUAUCCACGCCUGGCAGGGGAAUGAGAACUGAGGUCCUGGGAUUUGGGAAUUCCAGGAAUUCCCAGAAAUCUGGGACUGGCUUCAUGGAACUGAGAUCCAGGGAAUCCUGGAAUUCUGGGAAUUCUGGGAUCAGCGUUAUGCGGGCCAGGCAGGGCAACGAGGAGAACUGAACUGAGAGAUCCCAGGAUUCGGGAAUUCUGGGAAUUCCUGGAAUUCUAGGAUUGGCUUCAUGCAGGAGAACUGAGCCUUCCCAGGAAUCCUUCAAUCCUGGAAAUCCAGGAUUCUGGGAUUGGCUCCCAAACCGGCCCUGAGGAGAACUGAGCGUUCCUCAGAUUCUGGAAUUCUGGGAAUUCCCAAAAAUUUGGGAUUGGCUUCAUCAAGGAGAACUGAGCGUUUCUGGAAUUCCUGGAAUUCUGGGAUUGGCUUUAUCCACGCCAGGCAGAGGGCCAAAGAGAACUGAGCAUUCCCGGGAUUCUGGAAUUCCCAAAAAUCUGGGAAUUCUGGGAUCAGCUUCCAAACUGGCCCCAAGAAGAACUGAGCAUUCCUGGGAAUUCUGGAAUUCCAGGAAUUCUGGGAUCAGCCUCAAAGACAAACUGAGCAUUCCCGGGAAUCUCAGAAUUCCUGGAAUUCCAGGAUCAGACCCGAGGCGAUCUGAGCAUUCCCAGGAAUGUCAGAAUUCCCGGAAUUCUGGGAUUUUCCCUGGGAAUUCGUGUACAUAAAACACCCCCAGAGCCUUUCCCAGUGCCUGAGGGAAAUUUGGGAUUGGGAUGAUCCCAAAUCCCGCUGGGAAUCCCCGGGAAUUUCGGGAUUUGGGGGAUUUGGGGUUUCCAGGCUCCUCCCAGGAAUUCCCGGAUCCAGACGGGGCUGGGGAAGCUUUUCCAGCAAAUUCCAAGUUUUUUAAUUUUUUUUUUUUCCUUGGAUUUUGUUUGUUUUUCCUGGAUUUUUUUUUUUUUCUGGUGUGUUGUGUUGGGAAGGAGGAGAUUCCAAAAUCCUGGAAUUCCAGAGGUUCCCGGGAAGGACCCGAGGGAGCAGGAGGAGGAAAAAAGGAGGAAAAGAGCUGGGAAAGAGGAGGAAAAAAAAGGUAAAAUGGAGAUUUUUUUCCUUUGACAAAGGAAUAAGGACUGAAAAAAAUCCAGGAUUGGGAUCCCAAAUUCCAGCCUGAAGGAAAAGUGGGAAAAUGCUCCCAAAUUACAGAAUGAGGCUGAAGGUUUGGGAGCUUUUCCAGUUGUUUUUUUUUCCAGACCAUUUUCCAGUUUUUUUUCGUUUUUUUCCAAGCUCUUUUCCCAGCCCCUUUCCAAUUUUUUCCAUUUUUUCUCAGCCCUUUUCCAGCUUUUUUCCAACUUUUUUCCAGCCCUUUUCCAGUUCUUUUUUCGGCCCCUUUUCCGUUUCUUUUCCAAUUUUUUCCAACCCCUUUUCCUAUUUUUUUCCAGCCGUUUUCCAACUUUUUCCAGCUCUUUUCCAGCUUUUUUUCCCCAGCUUUUUUCCAGACACCUUUCCAGUUUUUUUUUCUGCCAUUUUCCAGCCCUUUUCCAAUUUUUUGUUUUUUUUUUUUUUUUUUUUUUUCCAGAGCUUUUCCAAGCCCUUUCCCAGUUUUUUCCCAUCCAAUUUUCCAGAUGUUUUCCAGUUUUUUUCCAGCUUUUUUUCCAGCUCCUCCUCUCCUCAGGAUCCGGAACCUUUCCCACUUCAAAUCCUCCAGAAAAGCCCCUCAGAAUUCCCAGAAUUCCCGGAAUUCCCUGUGAAUAAUUCCCCCUUUCCCUGUAAAGUUGUAUCAUACACUAAAAUCACAAAAUCUGCUGUGCUCACUUCGGGAUCUGGUUUGGUUUUCCAAGGAUUUUUUUUUCCCUUUUUUUUUUUGUGUUUUUUGGGAUGGCAGAAGCUGCUUUGGGGUUGAUUUUGUUGUUUUUUGGGUUCUUCUUUUUUUUUUUUUUUUUUUUUUUGGCGUUUUGUUCCCGGUUUUUUGGACUUUUUCCAAGCAGGAAUUUUGGGGAAUUUUCCUUCCCCUUUUCCCUGCACAGGUGAACGGAUGAGGAAAAAAAAAACAAAAAAAAAAAAACUGGGAAAAAUCAGGUGGAAAAUCGGCCAAAUUCCCAAAAAAUCCCCCCUCCCCCAGGCCGAGUGUAAAUAGAGAGAAGAAAUUAAAGUUUCUACGAGAUUUAGAAAGGAAAAAAUCCCAAAAAAAAAAAAAAAAAUUUAGAAAGAAAAAGAAACUAUGGAAAAAUGGCUCUGGAGCCGCGGUUUUCCAGCAUUUCAGUGCCUUGAGCUGGACUGGGGUGGAGGGAGGGAGGGGCUGGAAUUUCGGGAAUGUUCCCCCUGGAAUUCUGGGGUUGGACUCCUGGAAUUUCGGGAAUGUUCCCCCUGGAAUUUUGGGGAAUGUGCUCCCAGAAAUUCGGGAAUGUUUCCCCUGGAAUUUUGGGGAUGUUCCCCUUGGGAUUUUGGGGUGGCAAUCCAGGAAUUUUGGGGAAUGUGCUCCCAGAAAUUUGGGAAUAUUUCCCCUGGAAUUUUUGGGGCUGCAUCCCUGGAAUUUUGGGAAUGUUCCCCCCAGAUUUCAGGGCUGUUCCUCUGGAAUUUUGGGGAAUGUGUCUCUGGAAUUUUGGGAAUGUUCCCCCUGGGAUUUCAGGGGCUGUUCCCUCUGGAAUUUUGGGGAUUUUUGGGAAUGUGCUGACGGAAGCUGCGGCUCGAGAGGCUCUCAGGAAUUCUCUUUAUUCUGUAGGAAUCGAUUCCAUUAAACUCCAGUGGUUUCACCCCUGCUGCCCCCGG